AUGAAUAUUUUUUUUUUAGAAAAUACGCAGGAUCCGAAACAACCUUGUAAUUUCAAUGUAAGAGACAUAGAUGGAGAAACGCCUAUAAGUUUAGCUUUGACUGAAGGAUUAAAUCAUCUAGUACCGAUUUUAAUUAAGGGUAAAGCUGAUAUAAAUGUGAGAAAUGGAAAAGAUUUGACUUUAUUACACCAAGCAAUAAUUAAAGAAGACUCGAAAACCGCCUUAUUUUUAUUAAAUAAUGGAGUUGAUAUAAAUGCAGUUACAACUGAUUACGAAACCCCUUUACAACUAGCAAUCCAUUGUCGCUUAGCCGAAGUAGUAGACGCCCUAUGUACCCGAGGUGUUGAUAUGUCGGCACCUGACAGAUUAGGAAGUUGCGCCCUGUGGGCGGCCCUAGAUUCUGGUCAAGAAGAUAUCGCUAGCAUCAUUGUAAAACAUGGAGCUGAUACGGAUUGUUGGGGCGAAGGACCUGAUGGAUGCAGGCAAACUCUUUUACAUAGGGCAAUUGAUGAAAAUAAAGAAUCGGCCGCUAUAUUUUUGAUUCAAGCAGGAUGUGAUUUGAAUUCACAUAGAAUGCCAGGACCUGAUGGUGAAGGGGGCGACGAAGCCAAAGAUAAGAAAUCACCCUUGCAUCUUUGUUGUCAAUGGGGGCUGGAACCUGUUGUCAGGACUCUGGUCGAACACAGGGCAAAUGUUAACAUUAGAGAUGCAGAAAACAAAACUCCCCUCCAUAUGGCCAUAGAAAAUCAGCAGGAUGAAAUAAUUACGCUCCUGUUGAGUGUCCCAGAAAUAGAUUUAAGCCUUAGGGAUAAAACUGGAUUAAGUCCAUUUGCAACAGCUCUAACCUUUAGAAAUAACAAAGCUGCUCAAGCAAUUUUGGAUAAGCUACCCAGUGCUGCCGAACAAUUUGAUGCAAAAGGUCAAAACUUCUUGCACAUCGCAAUAAAAAAGGGAGACAUAGAAAGUGCAUUAUUUUUGCUGACUGUACAAGUGGAUGUAAAUUCGAGAGUACAGGAUCCCAUGUUAACGCCACCUAUCCACUUAGCUGCUAAACACGGCAACGAAACUUUAGUUAGAAGUUUAAUAUUGGCCGGAGCUAGGAUCGACGAUAGAGAUGCCCAAAAACGAACGGCACUUCACGUAGCUGCAGAAGCAGGUAACGCACCUGCGGUCUCAGCUUUACUACAGAACAACGCAGAUUAUGAUGCAGUAGAUGUAGAAAAUAAUAAUGCCCUCCAUAUAGCAGUCAAAGAAGGACAUCUAAAUGUGGUUAGAAUUCUACUUACCGAAUCUUCUAUAGACGCAGAAGCCACGAAUUUAAAGGGUCGAAAUCCUCUUCAUGAACUUUGUAAAUAUGGAAAAGAUAAUGCAGCGGCAAUUUGUGAAUUUUUUUUGGAAUGUAUGCCAAAUUACCCUAUAAAUACUCCUGAUAUAAUGGGAAAUUCACCUCUGCUUCUAGCUUACAUGAAAGGAAACGGUAAUUUAUGCAGAGUUUUAGUCAAGGCAAACGCUUGUUUGUCAUCUGAAAAUUCUGAGAGAGUCACCAUUUUUAAUUACCAGGUUCCCACCAAACAACUUUUGAAUCGCCUUCUCGACACUCUGUCUCAACCGGCUCCAUGGACUAACACCGAUACAUGUCAAGAAUGCGGCAAGAAUUUCUCGAUAACAGUUCGCACCCACCACUGCAGGCACUGCGGUCGUGCUCUAUGCAGCAAAUGUUCUGAUCAAGAAGUGCCGAUUUUAAAAUUCGGCGAAAAUAAACCUGUUAGGGUUUGUAAAGUGUGUUUUGACGUACUCAAGACUGGCGCUAGUUAAUUGUCUCUAACGAAACGUAGAUAGGGUCAUACAAACUGAUUUUUCUAAAUCUAUAUAUUAAUUUUGUGCUUUGGGGUUACAGAACCAUGUCUGUUUGAAAUGGAACUAGGAUUAGUUGCUGAUAAUACAAUUAUUAGCAAAUUAAAGCUCUCUGUGCCAUUUAACUUGUCGAUUGGAAUCAGCCAGAGUGGUUACAAAAUGUAACAUUUUCAAAUAAAUUUCAUUACCUGAAUUUGUUAAUAAUAGUCAUGACGCCAACACAGAGUUACUUAUUUUUUUCUACACAAAGAAAGUAGCCAUGGACAACGAUGUCAAAAGUCACUAUAAUCUGGCAUACUGUUUUAAACAAAUAUAUCAUGAAUAAUUUUGAUUUGGUUGUAUAAAUAAAUAAUAAGUAAAAAGUGCAGAAAACAUUAUUGUAAUGUAUUUAUACAGCCAUGCAUUAAAUAUUUUAUAUAAAAUAAUUUAAAUGUUAAGGGAAACAGUGCUACUUAGAUAUUGCACUUUCCACAUAAAUUUUGGAUCUCGCAAUUGUCAUAGUACAUAAAACCUUUUCUUUAAAGUGAGAAAAAACCUUCACAUCCCAAAGUCAACUCACCAGGUAUUCAACCUUUUUUAUGAAUAUAUCCUGCAUUAGUUCACUACAGUAAGAAAUAGCUCCAUUUGGUGCUACACAAAUCAAUCUUUAAAAAGUAUUCUUGUGUUUGUAAAAACUAUAUGCUGCUUUUACCAAACUUAACCACGUUUAAAGUUUCGACUAUGACAGCAUUGAUGUAGCCGUUAUAAUGGCUACUUUGCUUUGUUUAGAAAAAUGUACGUCACACUAUCAGACGGUCCAUUAGAUUGUAAUUACCAAAUGUAAAAGAGUGUUAGCUCCAUAUUUUUAACCUUCAUUUAAAAAAUAAUUAUUCGCUUUUUUCUUCUCUAAAGCACAAUAUUUUUGGUAUUUUCAAUACAUUCACUGAUAUAUAGCUUAUUAAAAAAAAAAUGAGAAUUAUAAUUCAACUAAAGAAAAUCUUUUUUGCAUCUGUAUUUUUAAUACAACACAGUGAUCAAUAAUUCAAGAAAUCCUGUCAACAAGAAUGAUUGAAAAACUUCUUGGAAUGCAAUAGAGCUUUUGUCACAUAUUGUUUAUCCAGUUGGUCUGAAAGGUAGAUUUAGUACAUUCCCAU